AUGAUUCAUCUAGUUAUUCAUAUUGGAGAGGAAGCAAUUCUUGCUGGUCCUGUACAAGGUCAUUGGAUGUACCCAACUGAAAGGGUACUUGGUCAUUUGAAAUCGUAUGUUCGAAACAAUUCCGCAGCAGAAGGUUAUAUAGCUGAAGGGUUUAAUCGACCAAGACGUAAUAAUGAUGACAGUGAGAUUGCUGCUACAAGUGAAUAUGGUAUCUUGUCAAAGUUGUUUCCUGCAAUAGGCAAGGAGUUUAGAAUUGAGGUGACUAGAAUGCAUCGUGGUAAAAGAAAUUCUUCAAAACUUGUGGAAGAAUAUGUUGCACGUCAGGAUGGUGCAAACAUUAUUUCAAAAAUUCAAUGGCUUGCACGUGGGCCAAAUAAUGUUGUAAGGAGAUUCAAGGAGUAUAAUAUUCAUGGAUUUAAGUUUCGUACUCUGAGGAAAGAGCAUGGAUUGAAAAUACAAAAUAGUGGUGUUGUUAUGUCUGCUCUUACUAAGAGAUUUUCAAAUGGUAGAGAAUCUGUUGAACAAUCAAGUGAUGAUAUGUACUAUGGUAAAUUGCUUGACAUCAUAGAGUUAAAUAAUUAUGUCAAGUUAAAGGUUGUGUUAUUCAAAUGUAUUUGGGUAGAUACUACACUUAACAAAGGAAUCAAGAUAGAUCAAUUUGGGAUAACAAGUGUAAAGUUUUUCCAUUUGAUACACACUGGUGCAAAAGAAAUAGAUGAACCAUUUAUACUUGCAACUGAUGCUAGAAUAGUGUACUAUGUUGAUGAUCCAAUUGAUGAAGAUUGGUGUGUUGUUUGUCAUAUGAAGUCGAGGGACAUAUAUGAUAUGGGAGAUGUGGAUUUUAUGGAUUUAGAGGAGCCAGAUUUAGAGGAUCCAUUAAUGGAGGACACACCUUUUUGUGAGCAACUUUUGAAAAAUAUUGAAGACUUACCAUUAGUGCGAGAUGAUCCCGAUGGACAACAUCAAGAUGAACCUACUUAUGAUGAUUAUGAAAGUGAUAGUAAUGGAGAUGAUGAUAAUGACAGUGAUGGGGAUGAUGAAGGAAUUUUAGAUUAGUUUAAUUCCCCUAUUAUGAAAUUGAAGACUUACAAUUAAGAUGCAUGUUUUGUUAAUUUUUUUUUCACCUUUUUAUUGAAUGUCUUAUAGUUCUAUUUUAAUUAAUUGUGGUUAUUGAUUUCUCCUUAUUUCAUCCUGCAUUACCUCUUACCUCCUUUAUUAUUGCUCUCUCCUAUGGUUCAUAUUGUAUAUAUUUUUAAAUAAUGAGGUUAUGCAGACUUUAUUUAUAGCUUUGGAUGAUUGCUCUAGAGAUAACAGAAGUGAUGUUGGUUCUUGGGUUCGUGAGGCUGUCAUGGAUGGCCUUGAGAGAUGCACAUAUACUCUAUGCAAAAGAGGACUCAAGUACUUCUCAAGCAAGUCAGAACAAAUGGAACUUAGAUCUGUUCCUCAGUCGGUAUAUCUGUAAUGGUCAUAGCUUGUGCAUGUGCCCUUGGUCUUGCUACUCCAACUGCCGUCAUGGUUGGCACAGGAGUUGGUGCUUCUCGAGGUAUCUUGAUUAAAGGUGGGUAGGAUUUGGAAGGUGCACAAAAGGUGAAUUGUAUAGUGUUUGAUAAGACAGGGACCUGAUAAUGGGCAAACCAGUUGUUGUAAACACAAAGCUUUUCAGAUCUAUGGUACUUUGAGAAUUUUACGAAUUGGUUGCGGCAGUUGAGGUAUAUCUAAGUCUGGUUUAGACUUCUUGAAUGCAUUAUCACAAUUACCAUCCCCUGUUGUGUGGUGUAUUUUUUUCCUAAUGAAUGCCCUACUAGUUCUUUCACUCUUAUUAACUUAGUUAUGUUUCCGUUGCCCCAACAGAGCAACUUAGUUGAUAAAGUUUCGGACUUUGAGGAGAUAUAUGUUUGGUAUUACAAUAUAGAAUGGGUUUUACUUCAAAGGCUUUGUCCA